AUGGCGACCGUUGUUGUUCAGCAGCCGCUGCGCCAUUCAACCCCUCCUCCUUCUCCCAUCCCAUCCGCCAUCUCCGUCAACAGACGACCGAGCCCGAUUCCGACCAGGCAUCUCCCUGUGUGCCCAACAGGCCCGCCGCCUUCCGAUGCACAGGAGACGCCUGCACGAUGCACCACCAAUGAUCAGACGUCUUCUCUCCUCUACCCGGCAGAUGGCUUCGUGCGCAUUUCGUCCCCGCCGGCACCCAAUAUUUAUGCCAUCGAUGCCGAAACCCUCUCCUCAGCGCUCGAUCACAUGGCAGCGCAGCCAUUGCCCGAUCCAUCGCAAAUGUUCCCCUGGCUGCAUGGUCUCCACCCGGAUAACCAUUUGCAGUUGGGCUUUUUCUCAAGCCGCAGGAAAUCACUGCGCCGGGCACCGAAAUGCUGGCGCGGUAUCACAGUGGUCAAGAUGGGUGGAGAUCUGAGUAAGGCGCGCAUCAAGGGUGCCGUCGCUCCCAACGAAGUCAUUUCACCCACAUCGCGUUUCUUGAUGGCCGAUCCCCCCGACGGUUUCUCCGUUCGAAACUUCCAAAUCCAGACUGCCAAACUUGCGGCAAUGUCGGAUAUCGUGGUCUAUGCUGAAGACCAAGCCAGCAAGUCGGAGCUCCUUGCCCUAGCAGAGGACUUCGCGAUGGCCCAGCAGGCCUGGCGCAUGAAGAAUGAUCCCAUGCAAGAACGUCCGCCUUACAACACCUUUGUCGUCACGAGCUCCUUCCACCAUAUUGAGAAGAAGCGCCCGCAACUGGUCGCUAUCACUGCAGAUGGCCAGCUCACUGGUCGGGUCAUGGACUUUUCUCAAUGGGAGCGUCUGGAGAUGUGCAGCAUGUCUCGUGCUUCGGAAAUCUCAAAAAAUGUUUGGCUUGGACCGACUCCCGAUUAUAUGCUGCGACCUGGAGAUUGUGAAAAGCCUGAAAUAGAUCCCUACGAUCUGAUGAUCGAGGCAAGUGAUCUCGCAAGUAUCCCAGGUCCUCGUUUCUUGGCCACGGUCGACGCGAAGCUUGAAAAAGGACCCCAGCGAAUUGAUUUCCCCUCGUCGGGAUCUAUUGUUCUCCCAUCAGGCAAUACGCGCGAAGUCGAAGACUUGGUCGCUACCAUCCGAUGGAUCUACUACCUCGCUCAUCCCGAGCCCCACGAAGUGGCUGACCGUGAUGGCGACAUCGCCAUGACCCACCCCGGCAAGAAGCCUCGUCGAAUCUUUAUCCACUGCGCAGACGGCUACACCGAGAGCUCGCUGCUGGCAGUUGCAUAUUUCAUGUUCGCCGAAGGAGUUCCCGCGCACGAAGCUUGGCUUCGUCUGCAUUGCCAGAAAGGCCGGAACUUCUUCGCGUAUCCAACGGACGUUGCGUUCCUAAGCCACGUUCAGUCACGUCUUUUGCAAGAAAGUCCGACAAAUCAUAACAUUGACACCUCAGAGAUAUGGGAUCCAAACUGGUUUUUGAAGAUGGAUGGAUCUUUGCCCAGUCGCAUUCUGCCCUACCUUUACCUGGGUAACCUUAACCAUGCCAACAACCCGGAUUUGUUGCGGGAACUUGGGAUCCGACGCGUUUUGAGCAUCGGAGAACCUGUUUCGUGGACCGAGGAAACUCGUGACAAAUGGGGUAAAGAGAACCUCAUGUACAUUGACAACGUCCAAGAUAACGGUAUCGAUCCGCUCUGGCAGGAAAUCGACAAGUGUCUGGAAUUCCUCGAACAUGAUAAAAAAGAAGGCAAGGCGACCCUCGUUCACUGCCGCGUUGGAGUUUCCCGAUCCGCCAGCAUCUGCAUUGCCGAGGUGAUGAAAACCAAGCGUCUUUCCUUCCCUCACGCAUACUAUGAACUCCUCCAAUGGGAAGAAAAUCAAAUGAAGAAACGAGGCCCCCUAAAACGCGAACUUGAAUGGCCAACCGUCGCCCGCGAGAUCGCCCUCCUCAACAAACCCUACUCCCGAUCCUAG